UUAAAACUUAAAUAUAGUAUAUUUGAACCAUAGACAUAAUAUAAUAUAUAUAAUGUCUAUGAUUUGUACUAACUGACUACCAAUUCUUUGAUUGAUUGUAUUAUAUGAUAUUUUACUAAAAUUUUUAAAAUGGAGAUCAGUGACCCUUAUUCAAAGUAUAAAUAUAUUGUUAAGAAAUGGGAAAAUGGAUUUAUUAAGUCUAACAAUCGCAAUCCCAAAAAGGAGGACAUAAAGUUAGCUGAACAAAAAGUUCGUCAUGCAUAUAAAAUGUAUUGGAAAAUGAAGACUACUUUGCUUGAAAAAACACUGACAGGAGGCUUAGAAGAUACGGAUGAUUCGACAAUUGAUGAACAAUUAUUUCUCAGUAAUAUAAAAGACCAGGCUCAAGAGAAUAUACAAAGUAAUGAAAAUUUGUCUGUUGAGGUAAACAAUUCAUCAGUUUGGGGAGAACAUUUGAAUAACAAACCAAAGCCUGAUAAACAAACUUUAGUUAGACCGAUUGAAAAUAGUAUAUCGAUAAAAUUUUCCAAGAAAUUAUUUGAAGGUUGUGAUUUUAAGAAAAGAAAUCCUAGGAAAAGCAUUGUAAAAAAAAAAACUAUGGAACUUGAUUGUGUACAUAGUGUAUGUGAUGGUAUUACAAAUAUCACAUCUAUUAAUUCCAAUACACAAGAAGAUAGUGCAUUUCUCGAUGAUUCUAAUUUAUCUGUUAUUGGUACAGAUUCUGAUGUAUCAAUUAACAAUACAAUUAAAAUGUCCAAUAUUUCAAAUCAUACACCACAGCCAUUAAGUUUACUACAAACAUCAUCAAGUAGCUUUGAAGCUUUACCGAAAUUGAUGACUGUAAGUAGAAAAUUAGAUGAAGGCUGGUUGGAAAGAUGUAAUGAAAAUAAUUCUAAAAUAAUUAAUUCAAAUAUUGCUCUACCAAUUUCAAAACCAACCAAAGAUAUUGAAAGUGAUACUGACAUUGUUUACGAAAGUGAUAAUGAAACACAAGAUAUUCCAUUAUAUUCAUCUCAAAGAAUUAAAGCCCAAGAAUUUAGUUAUGAUAAUCAAAAUAGUUUUAAUCAAGAAAUUGAUGUAGUAAAUAAUGAUACUUCAAGAAGUUUAAAAAAGCGUUAUAAUUCUGAUGAUGAUUUUGAAGAACAUUUAAAACAACCAAAAGUUCUAAAAGCUCAUGAUAAUGAUAAUAUUAAAUUAUCUGUUAAAGAUACUCGUAAAAAAGUGGUAUUGGAAUCAAAAAUAUCCACUGGAAAGGCUAGUGAAAACUUUGUAAAAUUAGAUAUGAAAAGAAAAAUAUAUAGUCGUGGGAAAAGAUCAGUAAAAACUACUACUUAUAAGAAAAAUCAAUGGAAAAAUAGAAAGAAGGAACUAGGUGGAGAUUAUACAGUUACUGGUCGAACUUCAAUUUUAAAAUGUUUUAAAUGUGGUGAUGUUGGACAUUAUUCUAAAAACUGUCUUAAAAAUAAUGAAUUAAUUCCUUUGGAAGAUAUUGAUGAGGAUGAAAGUCCAUUUCUAACUCUUGAAGAAGCUGAAAAAUUAGCUUUUGAAAAAAAAGAAAAAGCUCAUAGUAAAAAGUGGGCUCAAGAAUCAAAAAAUCAAGAAAUUUCUAUUCAAUAUCCUUCAAUAUCAGAAGAAACCUCCAAGUAUAAAAAUGUAUCUCCUGUUUAUCAUCUUGAAAAUAAUUCUAUUAUUGAUACACCAAAUGAAGUGUAUGAAGCUUUAAAAUUAUUCGGUCAUACAAAUUUCCGUCCUGGUCAAGAAAAAGCAGUCAUGAGGAUUCUCUCUGGUCUCUCAACUCUAGUCACAUUAUCAACAGGUUCUGGAAAAUCAUUGUGUUACCAAUUACCAUCAUACUUGUACAGUAAAAAAUCAAAAUGUAUUACAUUAGUGGUUUCUCCUCUGAUAUCAUUGAUGGAAGAUCAAGUUUGUGGAAUAAGUGCAGUGAAUAUGGCAUGUUUGCAUAACAAUCAAACACCAAAAGAAAGAGAUAUUAUUGUAGAAAAACUGACCAAUGGGGAUUUAUCAAUACUUUUAUUGUCUCCUGAAGCGAUUGUAUCUGGUUUUAAUACUGAUUGGUUAUCAAAACUUCCACCUAUUGCAUUUGCUUGUUUAGAUGAAGCUCAUUGUCUUUCUCAAUGGUCACAUAAUUUCAGACCAUCAUAUUUAAUGAUUUGCCAAGUAUUAAGAGACAAAUUUGGUGUAAAAACAUUUUUGGGUUUAACCGCAACUGCAACUGUUUCAACUGUUUCAAGUAUUGCUAAUGAAUUGAUGUUGGAUGAUGUCACAAAUUCAGUUAUUAAGGAUACACCAUUACCAGAUAAUCUUAUAUUAAGUGUAUCUAGAGAUAAAAAUCGUGAUAAAGCAUUAAUCAGCUUACUGAAUGGAAAUCGUUUUAAGAAUUGUAGUUCAAUAAUUAUUUAUUGUAUUAGACGAGAAGAAUGUGAACGUGUUGCUUCUCUUAUUAGAAUUGCUUUUCAGUCACAACAUAUAAAUGGUAAACGAGGUCAGUUAUCUCAAAUUGCAGAGCCAUAUCAUGCUGGAUUAACUGCAGCAAAACGGAAACGUACUCAAAAGUAUUUUAUGGAUGGUAGACUUAAAAUUGUUGUAGCUACUGUUGCUUUUGGUAUGGGAAUAAAUAAGUCUAAUCUUCAGGGUAUUAUUCAUUAUAAUAUGGCAAAAAGUUUGGAAAGUUAUGUACAAGAAAUUGGACGUGCAGGUCGUGAUGGGAGUGAAUCACAUUGUCAUAUGUUUUUGGAUUCUGAAGGCAAUGAUAUUGCUGAACUAAGUCGUCAUGUAUAUUCAAAUUCUGUUGACCGUGCUUCCAUCCGUAAAUUACUCGAAAGAGUGUUUGUUCAAUGUAAAUGUAAAGAAAAUGAAUGUACAAAGCAUGAAGUUUCUUUUGAAAUUGAAGAUACCAUUACCAGUAUAGACAUGAAACAAGAAAAUAUUCAAACACUUUUAUGUUACCUAGAACUAAAUACAAAAAAAUUAGUAAAAAAUUUGCCAUUAUCCUAUAUUCGUUGUAAAAUAACAUCUUAUAAAGGACCAUUGUUUUUAAAGCAAUUAUCAAAAAUUUGUCCACCUCUUGCUGUUGCUUUUGCUCUGAAGAAAAGUCUUGGAGAGUCUAUCAUUAAUCAAAAUCAAAUCGAAUUUUCAAUUUUUGAAGUAGCUGCUGCGAUUGGAUGGGAAAGUGGUAUUGUUAAAAAAGAAUUGAAAAAUUUGGAAUGGUCAAAUGUUGAUGGCAAGUUUAAAAAAAGUGGAGUAAUAGUUGAAUUUUCUUGUCUCGGAUUUAGAGUAUUAGCUCCAGGUAACAUGAAUGCAGAACUAUUAGAUUCUACUCUAUGCAAUUUGUUUAUUAUAUCACAUCAACAAGAAACAAAAUCACUCUCAGAAUUAAAAAACUGUUUUGAAACAUUCAUGAGUGCUUCAACAUCUACAUUUUUUGACUGUUGCAAUGAUGUUAAUAUAGAUUUAUGUGAAAAAUUAAAGAAAUCUAUAAGGGAAUAUUUUACACUUGACAACCUAUCAACUCUUAUUCAAAAACCACUUGAAGAAGUAUUUUUAAAUAAAACAGAUGAAACUCAAGUUGCUUCAGAUGUUAACCGAAUAUUAAAUAGUUAUAUAGAUUGUAAGUUUACCGCUCGUGCAAUAGCUAGAAUAUUUCAUGGUAUUGAAAGUCCUAACUAUCCAGCAUAUGUUUGGGGGCGUUCCCCAUUUUGGCGUAUCCAUAUAAAAUGUGAUUUUAAUGCUAUUUGUAAAAUAGCUCAAAAACAAAUUAUAUCUAAUUUAAAAUAACAUUUUUACU